AUGCCCUCCCCUCUCUUUGCCGCAAUCACCUUCCUGCUUGCCCUCAGCACGAGCAUCAACCCCACAUCCGCUGCGCACGCCGGCUUCCACGUCCAGUUCCCAUGGAUGACCCGCGGUCCAAACCCUGGGACCCGGCCGGAGAUAGAUCAUUACCACCCUUUCUGCAGGGAGAUAAUACAUAACCCCCAACGAUACUCCCGCCGUUCCCGCACCUUCCUCUCCUUCUCCGGUCAUCCUGGGGACCUUGUGACGGCCCUCUAUACACGACAGAGAGUGCCAAGGAAGAGAGAUGACUUUCCCUACAUCAUCCUGCAGGAUGUACCCAUCCAGCCUUCGGGGCAGCUGUGUGUGAAUGUCACGAUCCCAUUUCAGACCAUUGUCGACGAGAUGGGAGUCAUGUACUUCGAGGCGAGGGAUCCGAAGACGGGUAAUGUUGAAUACCAUUGCUCCGAUGUCAAGAUGGCGGCCAUGGAGGCCUUUCCGGAGGAGCAUCCCGCUAUGUGUGCGGCUAACAACGAGACGCUGAUCCCGAUGCCAGAUGAGUACCUGUAG